UUAUUUUUAUUUUCAUCUUAUUUUGGGCAAAGACACGCAGGGUGGUGCACGCACUCACUACCAGGUGAGGUGAGGUGAGGUGAGGUGAGGUGAGAGAGCCCCACGGGCAGCUCUAGGCGGACUUUGGCCCGAACCCCAUGGGAGAGAGGCAGAGAGAGGGCCCAGGGCCCAGAGCAGAGGGCAGAGAGGGGGAUGAAAGCGGGGAGAGAGGAGCGAGCGAGCGCAGCGCAGCGCACAGACGCAACCGUUGGUUGGCAUUGGGCGGCCGGCCGUGGGUUGCCCUGCUUUGACGGCGGGAGCCUCAAUGUCACUCGGGGAUUGGAGCCUCGCGCCGCUGUAGGCAGUAGGGCAGUUAGGCAGGUUGAGGUAGGGUAAGCUCCCGCUGCGCCUCGAAGCAAUCAUGGGCGAGCGAGCGAAAAGCAGCCAGGCUCGAGUCAAUUGCUUCACUCUUCUCGUCCUCGACCACCUACCUGCAGCAACCUCUCUCUCUUUCUCUUUCUCUACCUCUCGCUCUCUCCUCCCCCGGCCAAAGUCACGAGUCAGUCAGCCUCUCUGCCUCUCCUCUCCCCGAGUUCCCGCCGUUUUUGCCAGCCCCCGCAAUCAGCCUCCUCAUCAAAGAGCGCGCUGGCCGUCGUGCCGUCGUCGCCGUCUCAAGCUGUGCGGGCAGACGCAUACCACCCCAUCGUCGUUGUCGUUGUCGUUGUCGUUGUCGUUGUCGUCGUCGUCGUAGAUGCCAAGGUCGUUAUCCGUCCCCGUCCAGCUGCCUGCCAGCGCACUUGGGCUCGACUUUGAUGUUUUGCCGUUGGCAGCCUUCGACACCGCCUUGAGGCUGAAAAAGUAGUAGCUAGUAGUAGCAGUAGCAGCAGCAGUAGUCGUUGUCGUCGUCGUCGCCGUCGUCGUCGCACUGGCACCCUUCGGGUACGUUUUUCAACCGCGCAGAGCCGCCUCGAGGCCUUCUCCACCCGGCACUUGCCUACUACCUGUUUCUCCAUAAUUCUUCCACGCUUUCCUCGUCGUCCCUCGCGUGCGUGCC